UUUUUUUCCUUUUGAAAUUGUCCAGUUUUCGACCAACUCCUCUAUAAACUCUCACCGAAUCCCCCCUCUCUUCUCCUACCUACUGCCAUUCUCUCCUCCUUUUCUGGAAGCUUCCUUUCUCUUCCGAUCAGCUACCUUCCCGGAACCAUGAACACGGUGGCGAGGUCCGGGGUCCUCUCCGAUGCCGGGAUCGCUGGCGGUAAUCCGUGGACUGCCAACCGCAGAUCAUCGGUAUGCUGCUCUCAGAAUAGCUCACGUGUUUCUCUAUCUUUGGGGGGACCACAGACUAACAAGUUAUCCCAAGAAACAAAGAUUUUCAACUCUAGCUUCGCUGAUAGGAGAAGCAGACCUUUUACUGGGCGACAUUCUUGUAGCUGGACUGAGAAGACAAGCCCAAUUGGAUCAGCAAUUCAGUCCCUAGGAGCAUCCUCAUAUGCUGAGACUGCUACAGAAUCUUAUCCGCAUGUUGCAGAGGAAAAAAUUGGGGUUCUUCUGCUUAAUCUUGGUGGUCCAGAUACUCUUAAUGAUGUUCAGCCCUUUCUGUUCAAUUUGUUUGCAGAUCCAGAUAUCAUCCGCCUUCCUAGGCUCUUUCGGUUCUUACAGCAGCCCCUGGCAAAGCUAAUCUCUGUCCUCAGGGCACCAAAAAGUAGAGAGGGAUAUGCUUCCAUUGGUGGUGGCUCACCUUUACGCCAAAUAACCAAUGAGCAGGCCGAUGCCCUUAAAAGGGCUUUGGAAGCACAAGAUCUAUCUGCCAAUGUCUAUGUUGCAAUGCGAUAUUGGUAUCCUUUUACUGAGGAGGCAGUCCAGCAGAUCAAAAGGGACAAGAUUACAAAGCUUGUUGUGCUGCCUCUUUAUCCUCAAUUUUCCAUUUCCACGACAGGGUCAAGCAUACGUGUUCUGGAGAAUGCUUUCAGGGAGGAUGCAUAUCUGUCACGUCUGCCUGUUUCUAUAAUUCAGUAUUGGUAUCAGCGACCUGGUUAUAUAAAGUCUAUGGCUGAUCUGAUCCAGAAAGAGCUGGAAACUUUCUCUAAGCCCAAGGAGGCUAUAAUUUUCUUCAGUGCUCAUGGAGUACCGGUCAGUUACGUGGAGGAUGCCGGAGAUCCCUACAGAGACCAGAUGGAGGAGUGUAUUGAUUUGAUCAUGCAGGAGCUGAAAUCUAGAGGGGUCUCCAAUGACCAUGUACUUGCCUACCAGAGUCGGGUUGGGCCAGUUCAAUGGCUAAAGCCCUACACUGAUGAAGUUCUGGUUGAGCUUGGUCAAAAAGGCGUGAAGAGUCUCGUAGCUGUUCCAGUGAGCUUUGUGAGCGAGCACAUAGAAACUCUAGAGGAGAUCGAUAUGGAGUAUAAGCACUUGGCGCUCGAGUCUGGCAUCGAAAACUGGGCCCGUGUGCCUGCCCUAAACUGCACCUCUUCCUUCAUAACAGAUUUGGCAGAUGCAGUUGUGGAGGCCCUACCUUCAGCCACAGCCAUGUCAACUGGCGGGUCCACCUCAGAAGGUGGUGACCAGGACCUGAUAAACUACGUCGUUAAGCUGUUCUUUGGUUCGAUACUCGCGUUUGUCUUGCUCUUCUCCCCGAAGUUGGUAAAUGCUUUCAGGAAUCACCUCAUUUAGACGAGCUAACAAGAUCCGGAAGUUUCACUGCCGAGAUGGCAUAUAGGUAUAUGACACACUUGGAGGUAAAUGAAGAGAUUGGAAAUUGAAGAUUUUGUUUUCUGUUUCAGAAAAUUGUUGAGAAGGUUAGGGUUGGGAUUUUGUAGGGUAAUAGUUUUGAAAGAUUAAGGUGGCACAUGGUCAAGGGAAUUGCUUGGAUUUCGGUUUCUGCUUCUCAAUUUGUGUAUGAUUACAAUCCCUCACAUUUGUGGUAAUUGAAAAGAUGCUGCCACCCCAAUAUCCACCAAGUUUUCCAUCAAA